UUCCGGGAGUCUCCUGGAUAUUGAUGGAAGCGAGCAAAAGCGUGCGCACUCAACAUUAAGGUCUGCAUCACGCAUCUUAGUGUGCGCGCGAGGGGGUGCGCGAGGGAGACUGUAUGCAGUGUUGCCAGAUACUGCUGACGUUUUCCAGCUCAAAAUAUGUUCAAAACCCCGCCAAAAUGCACUUAAAAGCACCCAAUCUGGCAACACUGCCUGUGUGCCUGUUCAUGUAGCGCAUGCCAGACAAAGAGCAUCUUGAUUGGGUUACUCAGCAAAAUAAGCCAAUCAGCUUUCAGUGUGGGCGGGCUUUUAUCUCUUUUCUCGAGGACCCGAGUUUGAGUCAGUGCAGCCUACAGGAUCGGCAUGGCAGAGAGAGAGCGCGCCCCAAAAAAUAUAUAUCAAUUACACGUCAUAUAUAAGUGUGUAUCUUUUAUAAAUGGGGUUAGCUUAUCUAAUGUAGCAUGUUGGGGAGAAUCAUAGUAUCAUAUCUAUAUUUCUGAUAAAAUUUUAGGUAUGAUAGCAUGUAUAACUCUCCUACUUAUUGCUCAUUUCAUAGGGGGAAUUGCUGGGAUGUGCCGCGCGGGAGCGUCUGCCCACAUUUUUUAGGCCGAGAUGAACUUAUAGUUUUUGAUUUAAAAAAAAUUUCCAAUAUGUAAUGCCCAUUGUACAUGCCUGUUCUUUAAUUCAAAAUCACCAUCUCGAUCUUCAAAUUGACCGUAUGGUAUCUGUAUUACAUUACACAACAUCCUGUCCAGAUAAAACCUAGUUAGUCCACACAGCAGUUGAAAGGGAAGUGAUGAGUGAUGUUGAAUGUUGCCUGCUUAAUAUGCAAGAGCUCCUGCUACCACGAUAACAUCAGAAGAAAGCUUAAGAGAAUUAUAUGAUAGAACUUUUUUCUGGUUUGCACUUCAUUUUAAAGGAUUGGAGUAUUCAAAGAUGAAUCACAAAAAUGCAGAAAUAUAAUACUGUCGAGCUCGUUUAUAUUAAAAGGUGCAUUGAUUUUUUGAAAUCAUCAAAUGUGAAUUGAUUAAAAACAAGUCUCUUGUACCAUAUUAAUCAUUUUCACCUGGGAGUCCACCAAGAAGGGGAAUUUAUUUCCAAAUAAAUUGCAAAUUUUUGCUGAUAAAAUUAAUGGUUUUGGGGUAAAAAAAAAAAAAAAAAUAGCCAAAAAUAAUUAGCCCCAUGGGCCCCGCCCCUCCGUGCCCCGCCCCUCCCCCCCUGUGCCCCGCCCCGGUUUUUUCAGACUUUUAAAAUAUUUUUCAUUCUCAUCCCUGUAUAUAAAUACCGCGUGAUUUAUUUUCUGUUGUAUAAAAUUAGUUUCUGUAUUUAAACUUUUUUUUUUUUUAGCAAAAAAAGCCAACAGUUAUUAAAAAUAAAUUUAUGCGCAACGCUUGGGUGUUAGUACUCGGACGGAAAAAUGGAUUUCCAUCAAAAUCAAAUCGCGAAACUUUCAUUUUCAGUAUCUGUGUGAUUUCUGAUUUAUUGUAAGUGUGAAGGCAGCCAUAGAAAGUAAUGGCUACCCUUUAUGUUCUUCUUCUUUUUGUUUUUACAUAUUAAAAUAUUGCACAUAUUUGAUAUUAAUUAUGAUUGUAUUAAAAAUGUAAUGGACUUUAUUUAAAAGAGAAACAUUGUAAAGAUGAACAUUGUAAUGGUUUGAGUGGACUCAAUCUCCCAUGAUGCAUUUAUGUAUGUCACUUCCUGUGAAAUGUUUUGUUGGGGUAUCCGCUGGAGGGAAAGAUGGAUGCGGAAGAGCGAAACGGGGAGCGGCUUGGUGCGCGAGGAAAGUGUUGUCGUUUGACUUUGAAAAAAAGAGGGUGCUGGUGAAGGAGCUUGGAGCUGGCUGAGACGAGUGGAGGAAGGGUCAUAAAGGCGGUUGGUGACAACUGGACUGGGAAUGGUCAGAAGUUUGCAAAGGGAAGUGAUGUUUCAGGAAGCAAAAGGGAAGAGGAGGAUGGAGACAGAGGAGAGAGAGACGGCGGCAGAGAGGGAGGAGAGAGAGACGGCGGCAGAGAGGGAGGAGAGAGAGAGGACAAGGAGCAGUGAGGAGGAGGGUGAAGACCACGACAGUGGCCAGCAGGCCAGGAGUUUGUCCUACUCUUUUGGCGUAGCAGACGAGGAGAAGUUGGUCGAUUUUUUCCAUGCCAACCCUUGUUUCUACGACAAGACUUUGGACCUGUACAGCAAUGCCAUCCACAAACGGAAAUUGACACAGGGCAUUGCUGCUGAACUACACACAACUGUUGCCAAGGUAAAUGGAUGGUUCAGGAACCAGAGGACGGUUGUGGGAAAGCUUUUGAAGAAAAGGUCAGGGCAAGCAGUAGAGGCACUCACAGCCAGGAAAAGAUGGCAGCUACAGAACUUUGUUUUCUUGAGGGAUCACAUCGUUCCAAGAUCGUACAUGUCUGACACAGGAACACUGCCGUCAUCAGAGUCCAGGAAAAGCAGGGGAGCUUCGACCAGUGAAGAAGAGGAUCAAGCGAGUGACAGGUCAACCUCCAGCCGGGCCUAUGUUCAAGCCAAAAAAAAGCGCUCAAAGAAGAUUGACGAUGUCAUUCUCGAAUACUUAUCGAGGCCCAGGCCGUCUGAGGAGAUUUCCCAAAAGAUUGAAGCAGCUUUAACCGCCAGUUCUGCAGAACCCCAAGACGAACGCACGGCACUGGGGAACUGGCUCGUGGCCAGGAUCGCGAAGGUGCCCGAUGAGAGAUGGGAGGACUUCACUGUAGCUGCCCAGAAUCUGAUGCGGGAAUUCACAAGGCCCAUCAUGCCCCCUCCACAAGCCCCAGAUACUUCGUUGCCUCCUCGCAUUGCCUCGCAGCAUCCCUCGCAGCAGUCCUGGCAGCUGACCCACCCCGUUGCCACAGCACUCUGAUGAGGCAGGUGCAGCAGAUAUCGAUCCCUCUACCUAGGCCACAUUCAGCAGGGCCACCCACAGCAGGGCAAUUCAACCCAGGAAGCACGUCAGUGGAGAGCUUCUCCAACAUAGGUCUGAGUGACAGUUUCUUGAAGCAGCUCGAGGGAGGGGACUCCGGAUCGACCCCGACAAGCCAGAGGGCGGAGGACGAUGUCUCAGAUUAGCUAUAUAGGAGCAGAAAGACAUGUGCAAUCUGUUUUGUUUA